AUGACCAUAGGAUGUUGGACAAUUUCGAAUCUUUCUUCUUUGAUUAAUUUAUUUGUUUCAUUAAUUCUUUAUUAUUUUAAUAAAGAUUAUUUAUUUAUUUCAAUUUUCACAAUUUGUUUAACAAUCCAAUUAAAUCCUUAUUAUUUACUUUUAUUGGCACCUUUAAUUCUGCAUUUUAAUCAACGAAAAUUUUCUCUAAUUUUUAUUUUUGUUACAUCUUCAAUUUUAUUUUUAUGUUUAAAUUUAUAUUUGGAAGAGAAUUGGAAAGAUAUGUUUAGAAAUACUUUUGGAUUUUUGUUAGUUUAUUUAUUUUAUUAA